GAAGCUUAAAAAAAGGGAUGAUACGGUGGUGUUUUUUCCUUGAGGGGUGUGCAGUCGCCCCAACAUAAUGCAUUGAAGGUGCAGGUUGAAGGGACGUUUCACUGCUAUAAGCAGCUGUUUUGGUUUUAUGUUGAAAAGUUAAUUGCCUCUCGUAAACAGUAAAAAUGAAAGCGUGACACAUGCCUGUCUUACUUUUAAAAUCCAUGAAAUAGGAUCUUCAUCCUUUGUGCUGUCCUUAUAAACUAAAUAAGUUAAUAAAUAAACUGAUUUUUCAGCUGCUGGCUGGAGUCUCAGCCAUGGCAGGGCCUCGUCUGGCCGUCACCAUCGUCCUCCUGUGGAUACUGACUCUGACUGAAUGCCAAGACACACCUGUUACCUGCCUCUUCUCUGAGGCCUGUGUGCUGCCGUGCAGAUUCAAACCCUCACCUGAAGAGGUCAUUACCUGGCAAACACUGGCUGGACAAGACGUCAUCACUGUUCACAGCUACUACUAUGACAAUGAUCAGCUAAAACACCAAGACGGGCGCUACAAAGGACGGACCUCUCUCUUUAAGGACCUGAUCUCCCACGGCAACGCAUCCCUGCUGCUACAGAACACCAGAAUUCAGGACCAGGGCAGAUACAAGUGUUACACCAGCACCACACUGGGCAACCAGGAGUCCUUUGUGAGUCUGAGAGUGGAGGCUCCCAUCAAAUCAGUGAGCAUGGAGAGGACCAGAGAGGGAGUGGCCUGCAUGUCCCAGGGCAUCUACCCCACCCCUCGCGUUUCCUGGUCCACUGAUCCACCCACACCAUCAGGAACCCUGCAGGACUCCAGCCAGCCGACUGCAGAUGCCCAGGGACUGUUCUCAGUGAGCAGCACAGUGAGGAUGCUGGGAAAUCUUUCUGGCCACGCCUACAUCUGCUCCGUGUCCAAAGAGGACGGGACCGGGGAGUGGAGGGCCUCGUUCAGACAGCAAGGGGACAUCCAUGGAGAAGUGGGCCAAACCCUGGCCAUCCCCUGCCCUGUACCAAAGCCCAGCCUCCAGAACUUCACUCAGACCUGGACCUUCAUGAGACAAACCCCGCCCAUCCUCACACACAAUAGCGGCACCUCACAGCAGGAUAUCUCAGACCUGUGGAAGAACCGGGUUCAGGACCUUUUAGAAACCGGGUCGCUCCUGAUCCAGAACCCAGAGGGCCAGAACCUCACAGGAACCUACACCUGCAAGGUGUUAGCCGACCGGACUCUGCAGCUGGUGCAGACAUAUGUCAGCUUCACAGGUACAGCACGCCAGCUCCUCUUCGGUAUUAUGUAA